GAAGUGCGCUCGUACUUGGGCCUGGUACGAUACCUGGAGCAAUUCUUACCAAAGCUCGCAGACCACACGCGAAUACUGACCCCCUUGACGACAAAGGCAGCCGAUGCUCACUGGCCAGGCUGGACAACGGAACAUCAGAAAGUGUUCGAUGCCAUCAAACGACUCGUUACAGGCAGGGACUGUCUAACAACUAUUGAUCACGACGAUAUCGGUAACAACAAAAUAUUUGUGACCUGCGACGCAAGUGAUUGGAGAACGGGUGGGAUGCUAAGUUUUGGU